AUGAACAAGACUAUCGUGACUUUAGCAGUUUGCACCUUAGUUAGUAUUGCCAGUGCUAACUAAGUUUUAGCUACCGUCUAAAGUAAAUAUAACUCAAUCCUUACAACAUCCAUUGAGAGAGAAUAGAAUUAAGUUGAUUAUGAAAGUCCAUAGUCUUUCGCAAGCUAAAUUAUGGCUGAAAAACUUGGAGGAGAUUAUUUAGAUUUAUACAACUUCAUUAAAGGAUUCUUAGAUGGAAGCUCAUUCGAAUUAAAUGCCAAGUGCUAGAAUGCAAUCGAUGAUCUCUCUUACAACGGACUUCUGCUUGUAUCUUUACUCUAGAAUUAUAAAGUUAAGAAUUCAGCUUAGAUCACCACAGUUAAUGGCAAAUUUAGCGAGGCCACCUCCAGAUUCAGUUCAAAAUGUGAUUUCAAACAUUCAAGCAAAAUUUUCGCAGAGCUUUCAACUUUAACAGCUCUUCCUUGGAUUAGAAUGGCAGCUAGAACUCUUGGAUAUUUAAUCAUAGAUUUCUGGGUUGACCUCGCUCAAAUUAAAAAAAAUAUCACUAACAAAAAUUUCAGAAUGUUAGGAAAAGCAUUUGGAAAAAUGUUCAAGAGAUUAUUUGACUCUCCACUCUGA